AAAUGGCGGCUCCGGCGCUAGGGCCCGGCAGGGGCCGCGGCCGCUCACCCGCCGGGCAGGGGGCGGCUCCCAGCAUCCUCCGCUCCGCCCCACGCGGCCGGCGCAGCGCUGCAGGGCCACCGGUCAGACUGGGGCAGCUCCGCGCCCCGCCCCCAUGGCGCCGUCUCCCGCCCCCCGCCUGCUCUGACUGGGAAGAGGCGGUGUCAAUCCCGCGGCUUCCCCAAUCGCCAACGCGUCCCUCCUCGCCCCUCCCUCCGCUGCCGGCUUCCACUUCCUGGGAAGUUGGCGGUUGGCAGCAGCCGUUGGAGUUCGGAGCUCGCGGGGUAUUCGGCUCUCUCGCCGUGGCCCGCAGCCCCUCGGCAGCAGGGCUCGCUGCCGCCGAGCUGGAGGCAGCGGGGCAGCAGGAGGAGUCGGAGGCGCCCAGCCGGGCCGCCACCGAGCCGGACCCGGGGCAGCGGGAGGAGCCGGGGACGCCCAGCCGGGACGCCGGCGAGCCGGGACCGGGGCAGCGGGAGCGGCGGCCUCGGCCGCUCGCCUGCUUGUCGCAGAUGGAGGCCAGCCUGACGUGCGCCGUGUGCUUGUCCCUCUUCGAGGAGCCGGUGACGCUUCCCCAGUGCUCGCACAACUUCUGCCGGGACUGCGUGCUGGAGUGCUUGGCCUCGGCCGAGGCCGCCCGCCUGCAGCAGCAGCAACGGGGCCAAAGCCAGGCCCGCCUCUCCCGGGGGGGGCCGGGGCCGGGCGGCGGCGGGGCCGGCGCCCGGGUGUCCUGCCCUCUGUGCAGGAAGCUGUGCCCGCUACCCCGGGGCGGCGCCGCCGCGCUGCCCGUCAACACUACCCUGGCGGAAGUGGUCAAGCUCUACCGCUCUGGCACGGCCGGGGCCGCCAAGGGAGGGGAGGCAGAGCAGGGCCAGGGGCCCGGCCUGCUCUCUCCGCUGGCGCUCGGAGGAACUUGCCAGAAGCAUCCAAGCCGGCUGGUGCAGCUCUACUGCCGGAUGUGCCGCCAGGCGGGGUGUGGGCAGUGUGUCUCUGAGGAGCACCGAGGCAUCUUCCACUCCGUCAACCUCAUAGACACGGUCUACCAGGAAGAAAAAUUAACCUUCUUCAGCAGUCUGAAAAAAAUGAGAAUAAUAAAUGAGAAGCUGAUGAAUGAAAUCUCAAGUCAACCAAAUGAUACAAAUAUGGUGCAGAACAAUGAUGCAGAAAUAAUUGCACUGGAAUUUGGAGAAGUUUUCAAGACUCUGGAAUUGAAGAAAUGGCAAUUGCUAGAAGAAGUUGAAAAUCAAAGAAUUAAAAAAGAGAAAGAAUUUCAGAUUUGGAAGAAAAUGAAGGAAACUCACAAGAAGACCAUUGAGAAUUUUUUGAAGGAUUGUGAAAAGCUUGUCCAUGAGUGUGAUCCUCAGCGCUUCCUGGAGGUGGCCUGUGGCUUGAACACAAGAAUGAAAACUCAGCUUGACCUGAUGAAUAUAGCAUCCAGCUAUGAAAAACCACCAGAGUAUACUCAAAAGAAGAUGGAUAUCAAAGCUGUGGUUAAUGAAAUCUUGGCUUUGAAGUUGAUGCCUGUUAAUGUAGACAUUGUUAAAGAUCUACCUUCUGGAGGAAAUGAGAACUCAACAAAAAACACUCUGUUUAAAAGUAACGUACAGCAAUGGCAGGACCAGAGGAACACACCCAACACAUUUCUUCCUGUAGCAGGACAGGAGGAAGCACUAGCAGACGGUAGCAGAAUCUGUACUCAUGUAAUGUCAAUGUCAGAAAUGCCAGCAUUUCAAAACAUGAGUCAUGAGGAGUUACGUUACAAAUACUAUAUGGAACGUCAGAAGCUCACCAAUGAGUUGAAGACACAAACUUUACCUGCAAAUAAAGCCUCAGCAGUUACAAAUUUAUACUUUCCAAAGGACAGGUCCUCAGGAACUCCUGUACCUUCACCAAUCAAAGCAAGUGACACGGAUAAAGUAAAAAUGGGAACCCUGCAAAGAGCAGAAGGCUUUGAGAGAAGCUUUUCUGAAACCAGUAAUCACAGCAUCCCGUGCACAAAUAUGAACUUUUCUGAAACAAAUGGUGACCUAAAAUCAUUUCAUGAGAGAAGCUCAAAGGAAAUAACCACUCCAGCCUUACCAGAAAACUCUAAAGACUUAGCAGUUAAAGAAAAAUUGCCAAUGCAGACAUCGGCAGUUGUUUCCAAUGAAAUGGACACAAAUUCUAGCAAUUCAUCUGGCUUGAAACCAGCAGAAUCGGUAGCUGUAACUGUUUCAAAUUCAGAAUUUCUAGAUGCUUCUGCAGAGAGACUUUCUGCUUCAGCAUUUGCUUUCAGUGCACGUAACAGCUUAUUACCCAGACUUACUAAAGAUGCAGGUACAUUUUCCGUUAAAAAGAAAGACAGGAAAUCUGUUUUCCCUCAGUUUUAUCUAGGUAAAUGUGAUCAUGUGGAUAAAACCGAUAACCAGGAUGAAAGCAAAUUUAGAAAACAUGGUCCUGUAACCAAAAUCACAGUUUCAGAUGUGUCAACCAGUCCUAAUAUUGAUGCAGCAGAAAGUGAAAAGCCAGAUUUUUCAUUUCCCCUUAGCAAUUCAGAAAGAGAUUGUUUUGCAGGAUCAGGAGUCAGCAAUUCCUUUAAGGUUUUACCAUUAUCCUCAUUUUUUAGCCAAUCUGAGAAGCCAUCUGACAAAAAUACAUCCUCUCACAUGAAAGCAAAAACACUUGCUGCAAAAGAAACUGCAGAAUGUGGUACACAGACACUGUGUUUCUCAUGGAAACAAAAAGCUAAUGCCUCAGAAUCCAUCACAUCUGUGGCUUGCAGUACUUCAGAAACCACCACAGCAGCUGGGGUGAAUGAUGUCUCAGAGUCCCCCCUUCUCCCCAGUAACUGUGUAUUUUCCUUCAAAAAUAACUGUUUUCCGUUGCCUUCACAAGUAUUUUCAUUUGGAAGUAUUGUCAGAAAUACUUCUGAUUCGCUGACUUCCUCAGUGUUUUUGUCUGGAAAUGGUACUGAAAAAAUGGAAAAAGAGACGAUGAAAUCUCCUGACAAAACACCUGUAAAUCUAGGGAAGCCUGUAUCUUCAGAGUGUGCACAGCCUGCUUCUAGCCCAAAAUGUGAAGUUUUUGGUCUUCCUAUGAACUCAUCUAAGAAAACUAAGAGUACAGAAAUGCUUGCUGAUAGUAAUUCUUGUAGUCAGCCUUUAUGUUCAGUUGUCCUUCCUGUUCAAAACAAGAAUGAAUCAUCUGCUCAACUACUUACUACAGCAACAAAACAAACAAAAGUAAAAGAUGAAGAAAGUAAAACUGUUGCUGAAAACAGCUGUUCCUCUUCUAGGAAGGAAGAUGAACCCGAGUCUGUACAGUUCCCGAAUGCAGCUUGGUCUGUUCCCAGUGCAUGCAACGAUCCAUCUUUAGGAGGUUCUGUGCUUACAGUACAUGAGGCAGGAGGAAUGCCAAGUGACAGUGAUUCUGAUACUGAAGAGCUAAGUCAAACAUCUGGCUCUACAGAUACCAGCAGUGCAUCAGAAUAUUUUUCUGUUGCCGAAGACAAGAUAUCUACUCGAAGAAAAUCAGAGACAUGAAGAGGGAGUGAAAAGGAAGAUAACCAUACUUAAGCUGGAAUUAAAUAACUGCUACUUAGCACAUUAAAAACUGGGGAUACCUGUGAUUUUACAGCUGUUGUUCCUCCUGAUUCUUGCCAAUUCAGGUAUCUCUGUGUUAGAAACAAGACUGCGUAUCAGCAAGUACAGUAUACUAAAGUGAUUUUUAUAGUAUGAACCCAAACUGAAGAAACAACCAAUAAUGUCGUGUUUUGUUAAAGACACAAGUAUGACCACAUAUGCUGUAUCUUUAAGAAUGCAAGCCUCCCGAAAAGUGCCACUGGGGCACAUGUGGGUGGUGGGGAACCGCGGUGUCCCAGAAAGCCAGGUCAGUCUUUCAGUACAGCAGCACUUGCACUAGGGUUAAAUGAGUAAGAGUACAGACAACAGCAUUCACCUUAUAGGCAGGGAGCAGGAAGAGCCAUGAAAAUAAAGGAUGUUGAAGGGCAUUACUGAAGACUGUUUUGUGGAUCUCCCUUUGGAUAUCUUCUUUUUCUAGGAGGUAUUUAAUGUAUAUUGGAAGUGCAGCUUCUAGUAUAAUUUCGAUAAUCUGGUUUAUGCUUUUGAAAUUGAAACACCGUAUCAGUGUUCUUGUUAUAUGUUACAGAAGAGUGUCAGCUAUGUUUAUGAAAUGCUUUUAUGAAAGGUAACAGUCACAACUAAUUUUCGGUUCCUUUUGGCAUCAGUUUGGGAAUCAGUGGACAGAUACUAACUUGGGGGUUUGAUGAAAGCAUUAGGAGAAUAUGGCUUUAAAAUUCAAAGAUCUCCUUUUUUGUGUAACAACAGGAAAAAAGGAAAAUGGCAUUUCUAAGUGUUAAUGAUCCAGAACUCAUGGAAUUUUCAGUCUGUGAAAUAUGACACAAAGGAUAAAAGUACUACAUUUUCUAAUUUAUUAACCAUUUUUUUUGCAUCCAAGAGAUAAUUUGCUUUAGCUGUUAGAUUAUGCAGAUAGUAGUACCAUUUCAGAAUAAAGCUCCAUUUCAUUUAGCAUUCACUCUCCAGCAAGAGCUGGUGCCAGAUUUUAAAUAAAAUCAUCCUGCAUUAGGUGGAUAUGUCAACUGGCAAGUAUUAGAUCAGAAUGCAGAAUGUUUAAUAUCUCUUCAGAAUUCACAGGCUACUAGAAGUUAUCUUUAAAAAAAACAAAACCAAAACCCAACAACUCCAAACUAUCUUUGCAACUUCAUAACAGAAAUAUUACUUAAAUUUAAAUCCCUGCAAGACUUGCCAAUAUAUUUACUGUGACAGAAUACUUAGAAAUACCAUUCUUGGUUUAGGAAACGUUGACCUAAUUUUCAAUUUGACUUGUGUUAAACUCUUGGCCUCAGUUUUUCUGUGGCAGUGCAUUCUUCUCUUAAAUAUGCUGAAAAAUAGUUCUAGAAUUUACAAAAUUUACUGAUCUUCCCUUUGUGUCUGCAUUACAGUAUGGAAGGUGGUGAAAAUUCUCUUCAUUGUUACUUUUAUAGUUAUUUACAUUCAUAUCUUUACGUCUUACUGUAUUUCAUUUUUCUCCUAAGAAUUGGUCUGCUUUUAUCUCUAGACAUUCUUGUCAUGUUCUGCAUCUGCAGGAGAGAAGUUUUAAAAAGGUAUUAAUUUAAAUUACUGGAAGACAAAACGCUGAGUGUGAUAACAGCAAGUGUGUCACGGAUGGAGGCUGAUCGCACUAUAAUGAAAACGAGAGAAAUGGAACAAUUUUAGAGAGACAGAUAAGGCACCUAUAAAACUUCCUGCCAGAAGGCUGUAGAAAACAUUUGUGUUUUGUGACCAAAAAAAAUAACCUAAUGAGUUAGGGUUAUUCAGAAGCCCUGUUGAGUUUCUUAAAAUUGCUUAUUUUCAACAUAUCUUCUGUUCAUUUCUAUUAAUGCGUUUCAUGAGAGUUUGAUAAAAUUAAAACUUUAAAGCAUAUACCUCAUCUUUUAGUGAAAAGACCAUUAGAGAAUAAAGCAAAUAGACUAUGAUAAACUGUUUUUGAAAGCA